AUGGUGCUACUGCUGAUGGUUAUAACGGAUGUGAUAACAAUGAGACUGGAGACACCAGUGACCGAGUCAACGAAUCAGUCGUCUCUCCCUCGACCAAUGAGCGUUCGAGUCUUCACCUUCGCUGAGCUGGCAGAGGCGACUAACAAUUUUGACCAUGCCAAUUACUUAGGGGAGGGCGGGUUUGGGCGAGUGUACCGGGGGCGGCUGAAGAACGGGCAGGAGGUGGCAGUGAAGCGCCUCACCCGCCUGCGCGUGACCGGCAGCGGGCGCGCCAAGGGGGGUGGCAGGGGCGGGCAGGGCGAGCGCGAGUUUGUGGUGGAGGUGGAGAUGCUGAGCCGCCUGCACCACCGGAAUCUGGUGAAGCUCAUUGGUUACUGCGCCAGCCACCAUCACCAACUGCUGUGUUACGAGCUCGUCCCUAAUGGGAGUCUAGAGGCCUGGUUGCAUGGCUCCUUCUCCAAGGAAAUCGUGCUUGACUGGGCGACGCGCAUGCGGGUGGCGCUGGGAGCAGCGAGGGGGCUGGCCUACCUGCACGAGGACUCACAGCCGCUCGUCAUUCACAGAGACCUCAAGUCCUCUAACAUCCUUCUCGAGAACGAUUUUCUCGCCAAGGUGGCGGAUUUUGGGCUGGCGAAACCGGCCCCGGAGGGACCCGAGGGGUACAUCUCGACCCGAGUGAUGGGCACGUUCGGCUACGUUGCUCCAGAGUAUGCAAUGACGGGGCACCUGGUGGUUGCUUCCGAUGUGUACAGCUAUGGCGUCGUGCUGCUGGAAUUACUCACAGGGAGGAAGCCUGUGGACAUGAGUCAACCACCUGGGGAUGAGAACCUGGUCACCUGGGCGCGGCCCCGGCUGGGCAACCCUGGGCGGCUGGAUGAGCUGCUGGACCCGCGGAUUGCUUCCCAGGUAUCACUCAGCGACCUGGAGCAAGCAGCAGCAGUGGCUCAGGCGUGUGUGGCAGCUGAACCGACUGACCGACCCCCCAUGGGCGAGGUGGUGCAAUUGCUGAAGAGACUCGAAGCUCUGCACGACCAGGAGCAUUCAACCCUAACCACUGACCACUCCCCCUACGGAUCCCUGUUGCUCUCAAACCAGCCCCUUCCGUACGACACAUACAACCCUCCCGACUGUAGCAACGGCCUCGCUGAGGAUUUAUUAGGAAUCAAUCCAAGCAGUGGGGAUGGAAGCGAAGGAUGCAAUAAAGAGGAUAAAGAUGACUACACAUCUGCAGAUGUUGCUGUUGCUGCUGCUGUCCCAGCAGCAAAUAGUUGA